AUGAAGCGGCAAAACGUGCGCACGCUCUCGCUGAUCGUGUGCACCUUCACGUAUCUGCUCGUCGGCGCGGCCAUCUUCGACGCGCUCGAGUCGGACCACGAGGGCAAGCAGCACGGGGCACUGACGUACAUCGAGGACAUGCUGGUGCGCAAGUACAACAUCAGCGCCGACGACCGCAAGAUCUGGCAGACGGUGGUCAUCAAAAUGGUGCCCCACCGGGCCGGCACUCAGUGGAAGUUCACCGGGGCAUUCUACUUCGCCACCACGGUGCUCACCACCAUCGGGUACGGUCACUCGACCCCAGCCACGUGGGGCGGGAAGACGUUCUGCAUGUUCUACGCCUUGGUCGGCAUCCCUCUGGGGCUCGUCAUGUUCCAGAGCAUCGGUGAGCGGCUCAACACGUUCGUCGGUUACCUGCUCAAGCACGGCAAGCGCUGCCUACGCAUGCGCAACACGGACGUAUCGGAGACCAACCUCGUGUGCCUGGUGUCGGUGCUGAGCACUGUGGUGAUGACCACGGGCGCGGCCGCCUUCUCGGCGUACGAAGGGUGGGACUACUUCGACUCCUUCUACUACUGCUUCAUCACGCUCACCACCAUCGGCUUCGGCGACUACGUGGCGCUCCAGAAAGAGGGCGCGCUCAAGCAGAAGCCCGAGUACGUGGCCUUCAGCCUGGUGUUCAUCCUGUUCGGCCUCUCUGUGGUGUCUGCCGCCAUGAACUUGCUCGUGCUGCGCUUCCUCACCAUGAACACCGAGGACGAGCGGCGGGACGAGGCGGAGGCCCAGUGCGCGGCCCAGGAGGCCGUGCGUCUCGAGGGCGACGUUAUCACGGCCGACGGAAGCGUCGUGUCCGGCCACGGCGGAGGGGACCACUCGGACACGGACGAUGUGACGUCGGUGUGCUCGUGCACGUGCUAUGCUCGUGGGUCGUCCAGGCCGCCCCAGUCGCAGCAGCCGAGGUACUCGCUGCGCUAUUCCCCGUCGCCAGUGGAGUCGUCGCUGGCCCAUGAUGACGUGUUGCUACCAAUGGACGCGCUCAUGAUGAAACGGGCUUCAGUCUGA